AGUGCGUAUGAUGCGCAAACGUACUUCAGUAUUGCAGUGUUUCCCCAUUUGUGUAAUAGGUAUCCAGACGACCACAAAACUCCAUAACUUGUCUCACAGACAAGUACGAGAUACGAGCAUCAACAGUUGAUAACAGGAGUAACAAGACAACAAUAACAGAUAAGAAAAGAGCUCAUAUUUUUGACUGAAGAGAAUGGAUGUCACACUUCAGGCUCAUGAGGCAAAACUUGUGUUUCCUGUCCCUCAAGGUCUCAAAGAACUCGCAAGUGAUAUAUCACGAGAGGUUUUACGAGAACAACCCAGCAACAUUUAUGGCUUCAUUGCAGACUACUGUUCUGCUCUUCUACGAACACGUGACAAUUGUUUAGCUGCUGCUCAAAUAGUGUCACAACUCUUGGACAGAGAUGUACAAUUUGCUGCAAUGCUUGAAAGGAAAGGGUUGCGCAUUGAAGAUGCUCAUCAUGCAGCCGUAGUUAUUCAGUCUGCAUACAGAGGGUACAAGGAAAGACAACGUGUGAAGUCCAUAGAUGUUGCUGCACAUCAUACACAUGUUGACUCAAGAAAGAAAGCAGCUACUGUAAUUCAGGCUGCAUUCCGUGGUUACAAGUCUCGAAAAUCGUUACUUCCAUUUGAUACUGAGAAAUAUGACGUGUAUCGUAGCCCUAUCAUUGAGGCAUUGCUGUUGAGAACAGGGCACAGCUGGAAUGAAGCACAGCAAGCAGCCAUGUCCAUUCAGCAUGCAUAUCGUGCAUAUAAGUUCAGGCGAGCUUUUGCUGUAGAAGCAGAACCCCCACUCAAGCCUUUGGAUGUCAUUCAGUCAAUUAUUGACGCAACACAUCAUACUUUGUCACAGGCUUCAGUUGCUGCUAUUUCUAUACAGCGCAUUUAUCGAGGACAUGCUGCAAGAAAGUAUGUGAAACAACUGAAAACAGAUGUUGCCACAGAUAAUCUUUUAAACAAACACAAUAUAACAAGGGAGCAAGCCAAUGUAGCUUGUAUAUUAAUACAGAAAAUAUUCCGUGGUUAUUCUGCCCGAAAAGCAUACAAGGAGAUGCUUCAAGGGAAAGGAGAGUAGUAAAUUAAAGCCUCGAUUAUUCACCAACAAACAUAUUUUCCAUGGAUAACAUGUGAGAGAAAUCACAUAAUUUUAUAACAGGAAGAACACUGAAGUCAAUACUUACUGAGGUCAAAUUGAAAAGUGAUUCCUAGUGAGGCAUGUACUUUGCGAUGAGAUAAAAUUUUAAAUCUCUUCUGAAUCACUGUUAACAAAUCUAUGGCCAACAAAAGAUACACAUGUGAAUAAACGAUUUUGGCAUUAGAA